AUGGACCCGGCAUCGGCAUUUGGUCUUGCUGCAAGUAUCGUCCAGACAAUCACGUUCGCCAGCGAUCUCAUUUCCAAGAGUCGACAACUUCACCACUCAGCCCAGCGCGGCCUUGUCGAGAAUGAGGAGCUCGCGUCCAUCGCUAGAACUCUUCAAUCCCACAGUCGCCGCAUCACCAUUCAGCUGGUCGGCGCACCCAUGGGGAAAGAGGAUGUCGGAAAGGAUCUAUCUACUCUCUGCAACGGAGUACGCGAUCUUUGCAAGAAUUUCAUUGAUACAAUUGAAGCACUUCAGAAACCUGAAACGGCCACGCGAUGGGAUAGCUUCAGGCAAGCUCUGCGAAGCGUAUGGAAGGAGCAGGACAUUGCCGACUUGGCGCAAAGGUUGGAGAGAUAUCGUCGCCAGAUUGACUCGAUCUUGCUUGCCAGCCUGAAAGAGCAGCUCGAAACUCUGACAAAAGACACACGCGACCGCAACCAACAGAUUGAGCAGAAUCUCAACAAGAUCCUGGCAAUCGUGGAGCCGAAGAGCAGGUGGCAGGCCGAGCUAGUCCAGACGGCCCGAGGGAGCUUGGACUCAAGGCCAUCGGAAGGGCUUGCCUAUCUUGAUCUUGUCUCAGCCUCCCUCUCCACUGGCGCGAGGGAAGAGCGAGACAAGCUCAUGCAACGUCGUACGCUUGAGUCUCUCAAAUCGCGGAUAUCCGAGACCGUUAUGAGCGUCUUAUACUGGGUGACUGGCAAGCCAGGCUCAGGCAAGUCGACUUUGAUGAAGUUUCUGUCUGAUGACGCCCGCCUCCAACCUCAGCUGGAAGGCUGGCAGAAGGACAUCCCCGUUCACAUUGCCAGCUUCUUCUUUUGGAACUCGGGAACAAUGAUGCAGAUGUCUCGAGAAGGACUUCUACAGUCUCUCCUUCAUCAGACUAUUCGAAACUUUCCUCAAGACAUUUCCAAGCUUUUCCCAGAGAGAUGGGAAUACCAGGAGCUGUUCGGUUACGACUCCCGCCGUUGGUCGUGGUCCGAGCUCUCUCAAGCAUUCACGGAAAUGCUGUCUGACAAGACCAAGGCUCUCUUCUUCAUUGUAGACGGACUAGAUGAGCUAGACGGAGACUGCAGUGAGAUGACAAGCUACUUGUUGCGCGCGUUCUCCCAGGGACCGCACAUCAAAGCGUGUGUGUCCAGCCGGCCGUGGCUGGUUUUUGAGGAUAGCUUCCGGCGGAAGCCAUCCCUUAAAAUGGAAGAUUUCACAAAGAAGGACAUCACAUUGUUCGCAACAGAGAAGCUUACAGAGAAUACUAUGUUCGCCCAACUGCAAAGGUUGGAUGACAAAAGCGCUCGGGCCUUCAUUGACGAAGUCUCGGGGAAAGCCUCUGGUGUCUUCUUGUGGGUUACGUUGGUGGUGAAGUCUCUUUUGGAAGGACUGCGAGAUGGCGAUAAAAUCCAGGACCUGCGAUCGCGACUAGACGACCUUCCGCCCGAUCUACAGUCGCUAUUCAGAAAGCUCUUGGAGGAUCUCGAGCCUUCAUAUUUUCAGCAGUCAUCAAGAAUCUUCCAAUCAGUUCGGGCAUCCCAUCUGCCAAGGGCGUCGAUAGCUGUGGGAGAGUACAAGUCAAUCGAGGUCAAAGGGGACGGUCACGAGGCGUGGUCGUCUCUGAGACUGCUCUCCCUUUCUUUCAUCGACGAAGACCCCGAGGAGGCGCUGGGGAAUGACAGUCAGGGAACAAUGGGCCCCCAUGAGCAGGGAUAUCGAGCCGAAGUAAUGCGGCGACAGCUACAAAGCCGCUGCAAGGGGCUCCUUGAGGUACCGACCUUCAGCACCACAGGGCCCGAAUCAAAGGUCGAGUACUUGCACCGCACAGUCAAAGACUUCCUUGAAGAGGGUGGCGGGGGUGACUUCCUGGCAACAGAGGAUUCCUUUGACCCGCACGUGGUUCUCUGUGCAGCUCUCAUCCGGCACGCCAAAGCUAUCCGCCCGACUGAAGACGACAUGGCAGGGAUGGAAUCUCUCGCAGACAUUUUACGCGAGUUCACCACUCAGUGUCACUGGCUAGAGAGAAAAAACCGAGACGUCUACGUUCCAUAUCUGGAAGAAAUGAACAAGGUAGCCGAGGCUAUUUUGGGCGGCCCUGGCGGCGAUAAACCUCCGCCGGACUCUUCGCAGACAAACUGGCCGCACGAGUCUGGUGUCUCUUUGACUAUGCUGUGGUUCGGUCUCUAA